GGUAGCUUCAAGAGAGGAAAAAAAGACUUAAAAAAAAAAUCAAAACAAAACUCAAGUCAAAGUAUUUCUUUAACGAACAGAUCUCCUCUAGUGAUUAAUUGCCAUCCAGGCAGCAAAGAAUGUCGUCUUCGUCUAAACCAACCACACCAAGGACGUAUCAUAAGAGUGAGCGCCGACACCUGCGUCGGUCGUCGGGUCUUUAUAAAAUUCUUCCGCAAUCCCCAAAAGUUCAUUAUCCAGUAGAUCCAGAUCAAUUACCACUAGAAACCGAGAGUAACUUGGAAAAGAUCGAAGACUUAUUUGAUCAGGUGGAUCAGAUGGAGCGACACAUGUACGAUUUACGAGUUAUACAGGAUGCCAUAUCGAAUGGAUUCAACGAGCCGUUUGCAAGUUUUCUAUACGGAAUGAAUAUAACAAUGUGGUGUAACAAUUUUCCGAGUCGCCCUUCAAAAGAGCAAUGGGAUAAGCUAAAGGAGGUGGAGGGUUUGGAUUCGAGAAUAGAGGAUUUGAAACUCAAGGUAAGCCUUCAAAGAUCAGAAAAUGAAAAAUUGAAAGCCAAGUUGAAAACUCCUUCAUCCGUAAAACCACCCCCAAGGGUUGAGGCCAGUGGGUUUGCUCAACCUAAACCACCGGCUAGAUCGAAUUUAUCCAAAGCUAAACUCCCCUCGACAAGAUAUACACCAACCCAACAACAGAACACCGUUGCAUACUCUGACGAUACUGAUCACAGCACAGAAUCAUUCAUAGUCAAUCCCAGAGUCUCGAGAAUUCCUCAGCCAGGAGGCAGAAGCAGUCGUCCAUUAGUGGGGACCUCUGGAACUAGAGAAAGUUCAUCGUCUAUCUAUGGUGAAAAAGGACCCAAUCUCAACCAGCCUCCAAGAUACAUGAGAGGCCUUUUCGAUAGUAGCAAUACCGUAAGGCCAUCUGACAGACCAAAAAGGACAUCUGCAGUUUCAUCAAGAGGAAGAGUUGAUAAAUUGGCAAAUCGUCCUCCUUUUAGAUGAUCAUCCAUCUCAACUG